GGUCUCGCAUCGCCAUUCCAACUCCAACCAUCAAACGGAGAGGACCACCGACCUCCUUCGUCCCCACCGACAGACAAGGAGGAGCUUUGGACAAAUUCAUACGGCGUCGCAUAUAAGAGCGAGGUCCGGUAUGGAGGACAGUACAGUCUUCCACGUCGCGUUGGUGCUGGUGGUCAGCCUGGCCGCGGUCACACAUGCAGCACCAUUUUCCAGUAGUGACCUCCAGCAACGACAGACCGACCUUUCUGCACUCUUCCAUUCAUCUAAAGGAGGUAUGAUCGGCCCUUUGUUCCGCGACGAUGAGCUCAGUUUGGCUUCAGGUGAUGGAGGUUGCUACUACCAGUUCCAGCACUACGACGAGGGGGACAGGAUUAUCACCAAUGAGCCUUGCCUCAAUUGUACUUGCCAUAACUCCAUGCUCAUGUGCUACUUGAAGGUAUGUCCAUUCAGCAAGCCCAUCGGACAAGAUUGUACUGUUGAGAAACGACCAGAUCAGUGCUGCCCUGUGAUCACCUGUCCUCAAGUUCCAGUGAAUCUCCAGGUUAUGCAGAUGACCUCCACAACAACCGCUGCCCCACCUGCACCAACAACUGCACUGGCCCCUUACACCGAACACGGCUGUACCAUAGAAGGAAAAUACUACCCGGAUGGUGCUCAGGUCCCCGGCGUACCAGGAAAGCCAUGCGAGUUAUGCUAUUGUAUCAGAAACCACACGGCGUGCGUUAUGCAGGAAUGUAUUCUCAUGGUUCAUGGUUGUGACCCCAUUUUUGAAGAUGGAGUUUGUUGCCCAGUUCGAUACAAGUGUGCUCACGACGAAGAGACAGGACUUGCAACCACGACCAUGGUUCCUGCAAUCGCCGCCAAUGGAAGCGUCAUACUUCCAACAACAACCAUACAACCGAUGCCAGUAGGAUGCAUGCACAAGGGUGAAUUCUAUGAAGAUGGUGCUCUGAUUCCGUCAGAAGAUCCAUGCGAACACUGCUAUUGUAUGAAGAGUGAUCUGGUUUGCGCCAUUCAGGAAUGUAUGUCUCCCUUGGAUGAGAUGCAAGAGAGCUGUACUCCUCGACCGGCUCCUCCUGGCCAGUGCUGUCCCGAGGCUUAUGAUUGCCCUGAACUCCCAGAAAUCACUACGAUCACGCUUGAUUAUUCAAGUCUUGCCUCGACUACCGAAAGCGUCACUUCAGACACUGCUGAAAUUACUGCAACAGAUAGCCCUACUGCUGUAGAUGUUGAUGAAACGGCAACUGGUAUUCCUACUGUGGAUGUUGAUGAAACGGCAACAGAUAGUCCCACUGCUGUAGAUGUUGAUGAAACGGCAACAGAUAGUCCCACUGCUGUAGAUGUUGAUGAAACGGCAACAGAUAGUCCCACUGCUGUAGAUGUUGAUGAAACGGCAACUGGUGCUCCUGAUGUAGAUGUUGAUGAAACGGCAACAGAUAGUCCCACUGCUGUAGAUGUUGAUGAAACGGCAACUGGUAUUCCUACUGUGGAUGUUGAUGAAACGGCAACAGAUAGUCCCACUGUGGAUGUUGAUGAAACGGCAACAGAUAGUCCUACUGCUGUAGAUGUUGAUGAAACGGCAACUGGUGCUCCUGGUGUAGAUGUUGAUGAAACGGCAACUGGUGCUCCUGCUGUAGAUGUUGAUGAAACGGCAACAGAUAGUCCUACUGCUGUAGAUGUUGAUGAAACGGCAACUGGUGCUCCUGAUGUAGAUGUUGAUGAAACGGCAACUGGUAUUCCUACUGUGGAUGUUGAUGAAACGGCAACAGAUAGUCCCACUGCUGUAGAUGUUGAUGAAACGGCAACUGGUGCUCCUGGUGUAGAUGUUGAUGAAACGGCAACAGAUAGUCCUACUGCUGUAGAUGUUGAUGAAACGGCAACUGGUGCUCCUGAUGUAGAUGAAACGGCAACAGAUAGUCCUACUGCUGUAGACGUUGAUGAAACGGCAACUGGUGCUCCUGCUGUAGAUGUUGAUGAAACGGCAACAGAUAGUCCCACUGCUGUAGAUGUUGAUGAAACGGCAACUGGUGCUCCUGCUGUAGAUGUUGAUGGAACGGCAACAGAUAGUCCUACUGCUGUAGAUGUUGAUGAAACGGCAACUGGUGCUCCUACUAUUGAUGAUCAAACAAUAACAGAUACUCCCACCAUUGAUAUUGAUGAAACAGCGACUGAUGCUCCUACUGUUGAGACUGGUGAAACUUCUGAUGCUUCCUCUGUUGAGACUGAUGGAACUGCAACUGAAGUUCCUACUAUUGAUACUGGUAUAACCACAGAUGCUCCUACUGCAGAGACAGCUACUGUUGCACCAGAAGAAAGCACUAUGUGUUAUGUCAAUGGUACAAGCUACAGCAAUAACAGCAUUGUCCCUGCAUAUACCCCUUGUCAAGACAGCUGUCGAUGCAUUAGUGGUGCUGUUUCCUGUAAACUAGUGGCUUGCCCACCUGCACCACCAGCAUUCCUCAGAUGCACCUCAGCUCCUGUUGAAGGAGAGUGUUGUCCAAGCCAUACAUGCCCACCAGUCAAUCCAGAUACAACAGAGACCCCUGGAUGCAUCAGUGAUGGUGUUGAAUAUUAUGACGGAGAAUACGUGCCUAGUUCUGAUCUAUGUUCAGACUGCUACUGUCUUGGUGGUGAAGUCAUUUGUGCAAUCCUUGAUUGUCCUCAACCCAAGGAACAAAACUGUACUGCAGUAGAACGACCUUCUGGAAGCUGCUGCCCAACAAAAUAUGAAUGUGAUGAAGUUGAUAUGCCUGACUCCUUAAGCCAAGUAACAGAUGCAGAUUCAGAGGGCAAAGUAACUCCAUCUUCCACUUUUACUGUUGGUGUGACCGAAAGUCAUACAGAAGCUACAUCCCAGGCUGGUGAAGAUGUGACAUCUACAAAGGCCCCAGUGGACGGAGCAGUUGAGGAAUCAGUAACACCAGCUAGCACUGAUGGGGAAGUUCCUGUGGAAAGCACACUCUCAACUGGUUCCCCAGAUGACAUGAUGACUGGUCCAGUGAUAGGACUAGAAACAAGAACAACAGCCCCUGAUGACUACAGUGUUCUUACUACACCUAUGACAAUCAUUACUGAGGAUGUCUCAACUCAAACAGAAAGCCCUGUUGAUCAUACUUCUGUUGAUAUCAUAGAUGAAACUACUGUCAUGUUGACUGAUACUGAUACAGCAACUACUAGCAUUCCUGAGAUUGAUCUUGCUACUACAGUUAUGGAAACGGUAGACAAAACCACUGGUACCCCUGCAGUUGAAGCUACUUCAGAGGUUCCUAUUGUUGAUGAAACUAUCCCAGUAAAUGAAACAGCUACUGAAUCCCCAGAACUUGAAAGGCCAGUGACUGAUGUUCCUAUUACUGACAAGCCGGUCACUGAUAUUCCCACUGUUGCAUCAGUUACUGAUGUUCCUGAGGAUAAGGAACCAGCCACAGAGACACCAGGUGAUCAAAUAGCCACUGAUGUACCUACACUAGGUGAGGUAACAACAGAUGUUGAUGAGACAGCUACAAGUAUUCCUGACACAGAUGGAACAGAUAUGGUUACAGAUAUCCCUGAGGAGGUUAUUUCAACAGUCAGCCUUCCUGAUAAAGAAGGUAUUCCAGGUGAGGGAAGUUGUAUGGCUAAUGGAACUACUUAUGCAAAUGGAGACACAGUGCCAGCCUCAAGGCCAUGCCACCAAUCAUGUACCUGCAAGAACAGUAUAGUGUCAUGUGAGCUGCAAGCCUGUCCUCCCCCACCUCCAGCAUUCUUGCGUUGUGCUCCUGUGGAAGAUCCAGAGCAGUGUUGUCCUUCGUAUGACUGUCCUACCAUAGAACCCGAUACCACAGAAUACCCAGGAUGCUUACGAGAUGGAAUACAAUACAUGGAAGGAGAAUAUGUUCCGAGUGCAGACAUUUGUACCGACUGUUAUUGUGUCAAUGGGGAAAUUAUUUGUGCAGUCCUCGAGUGCCCAAUGCCUGCUGGUGCAAAUUGCAAACCAAUGUCUAGAGCAACAGACAGUUGUUGUCCUUCAAAAUAUGAGUGUGAUGACUUGGAAUCAAGCACUGAUGCAGUCAAUCACACAGCUACCGAUGCCCCAGUUGAUCAGACAUCUACUGAUGCCCCAGUUGAUCAGACAUCUACUGAUGCCCCAGUUGAAGUUGACCAGACAGCUACUGAUGCCCCAGUUGAAGUUGAUGAGACAGCAACUGAUGCCCCAGUUGAAGUUGAUGAGACAGCUACUGAUGCCCCAGUUGAAGUUGAUGAGACAGCAACUGAUGCCCCAGUUGAAGUUGAUCAGACAGCUACUGAUGCCCCAGUUGAAGUUGAUCAGACAGCUACUGAUGCUCCAGUUGAAGUUGAUCAGACAGUAACUGAUGCCCCAGUUGAAGUUGAUCAGACAGCUACUGAUGCCCCAGUUGAAGUUGAUCAGACAGCUACUGAUGCCCCAGUUGAAGUUGAUCAGACAGUAACUGAUGCCCCAGUUGAAGUUGAUCAGACAGCUACUGAUGCCCCAGUUGAAGUUGAUCAGACAGCUACUGAUGCCCCAGUUGAAGUUGAUCAGACAGCUACUGAUGCCCCAGUUGAUCAGACAGCUACUGAUGCCCCAGUUGAAGUUGAUGAGACAGCUACUGAUGCCCCAGUUGAAGUUGAUCAGACAGCUACUGAUGCCCCAGUUGUUUCCAUUACAACAGAAAGUGAUAAGGAAGGAGCUGUUGAUUUGCCAGAGAACUGUGUGGUUCAAGGUUCAAUGUAUUAUGAUGGUUCCAUUGUUCCUGCAUCUUCUGCAUGCCAGGAAAAUUGCAGAUGUACCAAUGGAACUGUUAUGUGUGAACGUCCAUCCUGCCCCCCUGCACCUCCUACUUUCCUCAGGUGUUCUCCCAUCCCUCCUGAAGAUAGUUGCUGUCCAACAUAUGAUUGUCCUCCCAUCGUAGACCCUACAGUCACGGAGGCACCUCAAUGUGAAAAAGAUGGUUCCGUAUACAAUGAUGGUGAUUAUGUACCUAGCCCGAGCGAAUGUACAGACUGUUAUUGUCUAGGAGGCGAAAUUAUUUGUGCCUAUUUGGAAUGUGUUGCACCUGGAGAUAAUUGUACACCUGUUUCACAGUUGAAUAACUCUUGUUGCCCCGACAAAUAUGAAUGUGCUGAUGUGCCUGAUAGCUUAGUGUCUACAACUAUCUCACCUGUUGAAGCUUCUGCUACAGAUAUAGCCAAUGGAACUAGCCAAAGUACUGUAAUACCUGAGAUGAUUUCUACUAUCAGCACUGUGGCCCCAGAGACUGAAUUCAAACCAUCAAGUACCAUCCCAUCUGUUGCUACUGGCGAGCCAGAAACUGAGUAUACUAAUGCCCCAGUUACCACAAGUCCUGAGGGUAUUGAGAUCUCCUUCCCCACAGACAGGGUAACCACUGAUGUUGAUGCAGUCAGUUCUGUCAUUACAGAGGCUUCCAUUGCUACAGAUGGGUUAGAAACCGAGUCACCUGGCAUCACUAUCUCCUCCUUUGUAACUGAAGCAACAUCUGUGGGUGUAGUAUCAGAUGUAACUGAACCAUCUGUAACCCCAAGUGUUACCAGUACUUCAAGCUUAGAUAAUACUUCCACCACAGAAUCAGUUCCCAGCUCUGGUGAACCUAUGCUAACUGAAGCUUCAGUUGCCACUGAAGAACCAGAGACUGAAGCUACAAUUGGCAUUAUUGUUGAUAUUACAAGUUCCCCUGCAGUUGCGUCUUCAUCAGUCACAAGUGUUACAGAAGAACCAUCAGCCACAGAAUCAGCCCUUACAGAACCCACUGAUUCUGGCUAUGCCACUGAGGCAACUAUUUCUGUGACAGAAUCUACCUCUGUUACUGAUGCUGAUGUACAAAUAAGUACAGAGAAGCCUGGAGUUACUGACAGCAUUGAAGGUCAAGUGACGACUAAAUCAACAGAAUCUACUUCAGAAUACCCAGGGUCUUCUGAAACAACUUCACUAGAGAUUCCAGUUUCAACAGAAGUAUCAUCACAAACUGCAUCAGAAGUACCAACAGAAGUAACAGAUAUUCCAGUUUCCACAGAAUUAUCUGCGGUUUCAACAUCAACAGAUGCCCAAGUUGAUGAGACAUCUACUGAUGCCCCAGUUGAAGUUGGUCAGACAGCUACUGAUGCCCCAGUUGAAGUUGGUCAGACAGCUACUGAUGCCCCAGUUAAUCAGACAUCUACUGAUGCCCCAAUUGAAGUUGAUCAGACAUUUACUGAUGCCCCAGUUGAAGUUGGUCAGACAUCUCCUGAUGUCCCAGUUGAAGUUGGUCAGACAGCUACUGAUGCCCCAGUUAAUCAGACAUCUACUGAUGCCCCAAUUGAAGUUGAUCAGACAUCUACUUAUGCCCCAGUUGAAGUUGGUCAGACAGCUACUGAUGCCCCAGUUAAUCAGACAUCUACUGAUGCCCCAGUUGAAGUUGAUCAGACAUUUACUGUGUCACCUGAAGCCCCAUUCCCCCCCUUCCCUGGUACAACAUCUUCUGUCUUCCCUAAGCCAGAAACCACCACCUGGAAACCAACAACUACCACUGAGCUCAUUAUUGGCCCAGGAGCUUGUGUCUUUGACGGUGAAGUAUACCUCUCUGCACAACAAAUCCCACGAGAUGACCCAUGUGACUUUUGUUUCUGCUUCCGUGGAGACAUCAUCUGCUUGCAACAGUCAUGUCCUCCACCCAUCCCUGGGUGUUAUGAAGAAGCAAUUCCUGGGUUCUGCUGCCCUCGUUAUGAAUGUCCAGUUACUCAGGCAGUGGUUAAUAUUACUACUACUACCACACCUAUUCCUACUUAUCCACCUGUCCAGAAGGUGGAAGAGUUCACUGUGUGCGAAAUUGGUGGUCGUUUCUACCAUCCUGGUGAGCUCGUAGAAGAAGCCUCCGGACCUUGUCUUGAGUGCAGGUGCGGAAAGGACGGCAUGAUGGAAUGCGAGCCCCGUGAGUGCCGGGCAGAACCUAUACUUCGUAAAAUCUUGGACACAAACGCCAAAUUAAUAUAAUCGGUGAAGUCCCUACAUCGAAGUGGCUUCCCGCUCUCAUGUCUACUACAUUCACCCUAUCCACGAGCGGUGACUCAGGAUUCACUCUGAAACACGUCGCUUGUGCUUCCUUGCUUGGCUCUGUGUCUUUAUACACUGAGUAUGGGAAAUGGCAUUAAACCAAUAUGUCGCAUGGUUAAUAUGACGUUGUUUCCAAAGGAGUGAAUGUGCCCAGUUUCUAUCAUAAGUAAUUCCCAUUUCUUUGAUCCCUUCCUGUAGCACUUAGGGUAGCUCUCCGUGACCAUAACGCUCAAACAGCAAGUCUGUGUUAAUAAAGAGAAGUGCGAGUCCUGAAUGAGGAGAGAUAAGUUAGUGUAACGGUAGUGCCAAUGUGUUCUGUAAGUGUCCCCUGUGUGUUGUAUGUGCCACAUCAGGUGCUUUUCUAUCAGAACAGCUUAGUCAGUAUUAUUCGGCAUACAGUAUUUUCAAUUAGUAUUUAUCUACUUUAGUCUCAUUUCAUAUAGCUCUCCUGUAUAUUUUUCGAUGGCAUUGACGCUCAUCUAUGUGGCAUUAUUCCAAUUCAUCUCUUGGUGGCAUUGAUAACACACAGACUUCUAGUUGGACUGAUACAUGCUUUAUAGAGUCGACGAGUUAGAGGUUAGGAAGCUUAUUUUCAUGUGAUUGUGCCUAUUCAGAUGCAUUCCUCCCUUGUUCAGUUAAAUGAACAGGGUCUUGAAAUCUGCUUACAACCUUUCAGUAAUCUCAACAUUUCAUUACACCAAUGCAAAGUAUUUAACAUACUAAUUAUGCUUCGAGAAUGAUCAAAUAAUAUGGAGAGAAAUGAUACGCUUGCUACUUCACAUGUAAGACAAAAAUUGCAAAGAAUACUAACAUUAUAGGUUACUCCCGUCGACUGCUUUACAUAUCAGGAGAGUAGUUGUCAGUGAACUCCCUGGCUUGCUAGAACUGGCUUCCUUAAACAUUAACACUCUGUGAAGCUAACUAGGCUUGAUAUAAUAAAUUAGUAUAGAUUACCUUUUGGGCAUUAAAGUGAAAUUAUCUCAUAAAACCGGUGUGAUAAUUGGCAUUAGAUUUAGCUUGGAGCAGGAGUAACUUACCUUUUAAAAGACUUGGUUACACUAAAAUUUGUGCGAUAAUGGCCGGUAAUCCAACAAUGCACAUUAAAUGGAUCAUGUUAGCUUUAACAGAUAAUUAUCGGCAGCUGGUGAUUAAAAUGUAUUUACUAUGGAAUACUGACAUGCUGUGUGUGCUACCAAAUCUGCUGUAGCAAGUACUUUUAGGUACCUAGCUAGAGAGUACUAUCCAGAGUAAUUUAUUCAUAUCAUGCAGUUUAUUUGAAUGCGCAAUCAGGAACCACUGUACUCUGGUGAUUGCUGAAAGUUGCAUCCUUAUGGAUUUUUUUAUAGCAUCUCGCUAACUCGUUUAAAUUGGUCCUUUUCUGUAAUAGGUGCCAAACCACUCUGUCAAUAUGUCUUAGUCAAGGCGGCCAAAUACUUGAACUGCACUAAAAAAAAUAUUUUUUCUUUCUUUUUCGUAUACUGUAUACGCAAAUGUGAUAUAAAACACCGUAGUAGAUCCUAAAUAUGGAAGUUAGAACAGCUAGAUAUGAAAUUCCUAGACCAGUAAAUUGCAAUAUAACCCUCUUCUUUUCUGGUAACAUUGUAAAAUACAUAUACUGGCAUAUAUAUACAUUUAUAAAUUUGCAGGCAUAUUAUAUAUAUAUAUAUAUAUAUAUAUAUAUAUAUAUAUAUAUAUAUAUAUACAUACACAUAUGCAUAUAUAUACUUAUAUAUAUAUAUGUGUGUACAUAUAUAUACAUAUGUAUACAUACAUAUACAUAUAUAUAUUUAUAUAUAUAUAUAUACAUAUACAUAUAUAUACAUAUAUAUUUAUAUAUAUACAUAUAUAUAUACACACACACACACACACACAUAUAUAUAUAUACACGAAGAUAAACGUUACUAACACAAUAUAUGAUUAAAUGGCUGCACCUGUUGUGCAGAUUAGUUUUCAAAUGGACUAUUCAUGAGUGAAAGAAAUGACCCAAAUCUAGUGCCUUUCAAGAUUUCUGCCAUGUCACCUUGGAUAUCACUUGCCUGAGAUUUCUGAGCUCAACUGCAAGGAAUGAUUUGCCGGUGAUUGCCAGGGUGUUGCGCCUAUGGGAAUAAGGCUGGCAUGUGUAAUAUUAUAGACAUUAGAGCCUUUCCAUGGACACGGCUGCCAGAGCAAGUCUCUGAUAUCAGGACGUCUCCAUAGUUAAUUCCACCAACGGAUCUAAAUCUGAAUGUUAGAUGUUUUGGUAAUAUUUACUAAAAAAAAUAUGCAACUCUUUGGCAGGACUAAUUUUUUUUCCCCAUUACUUAGUAGUAACACAAUUAUUAUCAUCAACUGACAUUCAGAUAUAUCCGUCUCAUUUCUUUCGGUGGAUUUUAAAGCAUGUAUGUGUUACGUGCACUCAACUAGAUUUUAGAUUAGAACUGCCAUGGUCAAGUCACUGCCGUGGAUUAUACACCUGCAGUGACUAUGGUAUUGCGCAGUUCAGUGUCCAAGAAACAGUAUUCUUGAAAAUGUGAUUAUAUUUAAGCACAUUUGUAUUAUUUAUUCUGAGGUAGCAUUCCUCUAUGCAUUUACAAUUAGUUUUUUUUUCUUUUCUUUUUUUUUGCCUGUACAGCUAUUUCAUCUGUAGUGAAGAAUAUUGUACCCAAUCUAAGCUUUUUUAUUUGUAUAAAAUGUGAAUAAAUAUAGAAAGCCAA